UUCCACGGUUGGUUGGUUGGCGUCUCUCUCCCUCUCCUUGUCGUCGCCUACUUUCCCUUCCCUCCCCUCUCCUCAUGUUGCCUUGAUCGAUUGAACGAACCACUUUCCUUUCCAUUGCCGCGACGCGCACGACUUCCACCCUUCCCACCGUCCUCGCCUCUCCUCUCUCCUCUCUUCGGAGCACGCAUAUAUACGCGCUCGCCUUCCCCGCACGCCUGCCCAUCCCCGCUCCUCGUCGCUUCUAAGACGCCGCCGCACUGACGGCUGGUGGCUGAUCGGGCGGAAUUCUGGAAUUCGGCCCGCGCCUGUUCCCCCGAUCGGAAGACCGGCGCGGCGGAGGCCAGGGAGCUCGCGGAGGUGAGGCUUCGUCUUGUUUGCAUAUGAUGCAACACCACCAUUCAUCUUAAAGCUGUCGUGAUGAUGAUCUCUCCGAACAAUGUGUAGCAUUUGUCACUUGCAACUCUCUAGCUGCUCUAGUUACAUCCUUGUACUAGAGAAUGGUGAAACUCGCAAAUAUCGGUCGCAGUUUACUUAGAUUUCCAAACGAAAGCAUGAGGCUUGUUAUGGUUACAAUUAUUGGAGUCGUCUUUGGCUUCUUCAUUGGAAUCUCGUUCCCAUCAGUUAGCAUAACAAAGCUUCACUUUCCAGCUAGCUUUGUUUCAUACAUAGAAGACAGAAACUCUGGGCUCACUACCCAAGCUAUACUUAAUCAUGCCUGGACUUCUGCCAGAAAUGCAAGGGGAAAUAAUACUGAACCAAGUUCGAACACUACUCUAAAGAUUUAUGUUCCAACAAACCCCAAGGGUGCCGAGAGGCUAGCACCAGGUAUCAUUGUACCAGAGUCUGACUUCCAUUUGCGCAGGUUAUGGGGAGACCCAAGUGAGGACCUGCCCUUCAAACCAAAGUACCUUAUCACUUUUACUGUUGGAUAUGCGCAGAAAGAAAAUAUAAACAGAGCAGUAAAGAAGUUUUCCGACAAUUUUGCUAUUCUGUUAUUCCAUUAUGAUGGGCGGGUGAGUGAGUGGGAUGAAUUUGAGUGGUCAAAGCGAGCCAUCCAUAUUAGUGCCAGGAGACAAACUAAAUGGUGGUACGCCAAAAGAUUCUUGCACCCUGAUAUUGUGGCAGCUUAUGAGUACAUAUUCAUUUGGGAUGAGGACCUUGGGGUGGAGCAUUUCGAUGCAGAGGAGUACAUCAAACUUGUUAAGAAACAUCAUCUGGACAUCUCUCAGCCUGGUUUAGAGCCUGAUCGGGGUUUAACAUGGCAGAUGACCAAAAGAAGAGGUGAUCGUGAGGUUCACAAGGAUACAGAGGAGAGGCCAGGCUGGUGCGCCGACCCUCAUCUUCCACCUUGUGCUGCGUUUGUUGAAAUAAUGGCUCCAGUCUUCUCUAGAGAUGCAUGGAGAUGUGUGUGGCAUAUGAUACAGAACGACUUGGUUCAUGGUUGGGGCCUGGAUUUCGCUCUCAGGAAAUGUGUGGAGCCUGCUCAUGAAAAGAUUGGAGUCGUUGAUUCACAGUGGAUUGUUCACCAAGUGGUUCCUUCUCUCGGGAACCAGGGGCAGUCAGAGAACGGAAGAGCGCCAUGGGAAGGGGUGAGAGCGCGGUGCAGGAAGGAAUGGGGCAUGUUCCAGACGAGGAUGGCGGAGGCGGAGAAGGCCUACUACAAGAUGAUGGGCAUCACCCCUCCAAACUCCACGCUUGUAUAGCUCUUACGCUGCGAUGAUUAUUCUUCUUCCCCGCCCAACCUUUGUCCAUGGCAAUGGUGGUGGUGGUGGGUGAGCUGAUAAUACCAGUAGUACUUGAUGUAGAGUUAGAGACGGUGAAUGCGUGUAGAUGACGAGAGGACUGUAAAUCCAUGGCGAACUGGUGAUGAGAGGAUUGUAAAUCCAUGGCGAACUGGUGAUGUUAUCUGAUGUAUCAAUCGAAUUUUCUGAAGCUGUUGUUUGGGCACGUUUUACUCUUUGAUUCAGAUGGGUUUGCUUUCUUUGACACCGAGCUGUUUGAAACACAUAAAUUUAUUUGAUUUUGUAUAUUAAUUUCAUUUGAACUA